UUGAAUGAGCAUCAUGGAGAAAAGAGAAGGGCUGAGAACUAGGCCCCCUCUCCCUUUAGUGAUAUACUUUUAAAUUGGAGAAAAAUACCGAUUUAUGUGAUAUUGACAUUGCUAGUAUGGUGUGCUGCUUACAUGCUGAAGACAUUUGACUAAUCAGCAUAACCCUUUGUACUUUGGAGGUACUUUAAAUGCCAGUCCAUAAUAUGGAAACCUCUGUUGUUGUGUCACUUGAAUAGCCUAUAUAUUCUGAGGAUUUCUUGUGUCUGGGAUGCUGGCUCAGAAAGAGGAAUCUGUUACAAACAUCAGCAAUGCUUAUAUUAAAGAAUGAUACUUGGGUCAUGUAAUCAGACUACUAAAUGGAUUCUAAAAAGACUUUCCAGGUAUGACUGCAGAAACCACUUUGACCUUUGGAACGCUAGCAUUUGCUUUCUUUGUCCCAUUCUCAGUGGCUUCUGAGCCAAUUACCAUUCCAAAACAGCUGAUGACUGCAACUGCUAGGGUUUCGGUCAGUUCUACAAGCUGUAGUGUCACCUGUGGGCUGGGUUACAAGGUAGAGGAAACCUGUGAAGUUGGGCCGGAAGGGAAAAGGAAGAACUGUAUCAAGCGGAGAGUGGACUGCUUGACCAACUGGAUCUGUGGGAUGCGUCACUUCACCGUCCUUGUGGGUAAGCCAUUUGAGCUCAGUUGCCUGAGUUCUAAGGAGAUUGGCCCUGAGACCCGGAGCUUUAGCUAUUCAUGGAGGCUGGCCAGAGGUAUCAUCACCUCAGAUGAUGCUCUUUUCAGAGUGUUCAAGGCUCCUAGCUUCACGAUUAAGCUUUCCCCGGCUGAGGAAUAUGAUGCAGGGACAUACAGAUGUGAUGUGCAACACAUAAAGUCCUAUAAGCUCAUCAAGAGGAUCUACUUUGGGCUUCGUGUGAUUCCUGGCCACCUAGUGGAUCUGAACUUUGACAAAUCUUUAACUGAAGAGCAGAAAUUAGAAAAUGGAGAGGGGGGAAACCCACAGACAACUACCAGUGUUCCAGUCCAGGGGCCACGGCAAUCCUGGAGACAAAGAGCUGUGAUUGUCUUUUCAAUAGGCAUUGGAAGUGGGGUGGUAGGAGGGGUCUUGUUAUACACCCUUCUCUACUGUUUGCUGAAGGAUCGCAGGAACUAUGAACAGGUAGAGGAGUGACAUGCACUUUCAUGUAGCCUACAGGCAGCCUUUCUUUCUGCCAAAGUUUCACUAUAUUAGUCUGAACAUUGCAAGCUGAUAAGAUCAUCCUCUGAUCAUUCACAGUACAUUAGAGAGCAAAUAAAAUAUCUUGCAUCUUAAAUUUAACUUUUUAU